UGGCAACUCGGAAUAUUCUCAUCGUCGUAUAUAAAAUCAUGUAAGCUAUAAUGAUGCGUUGAGCUUGGGUAUUCCUUUGUGGCUGGUGGGUUAGAAUUUCCCUGGUAACUUGCUCGGACUUUCUGUUUCUUUCUCCAUUUUCCCAAGAAAAUCUCGAGUCUUCAGUUUCAUAUCUUCCUGUGACUGUGACCGUGAUCAUCUAUCGCUUUUGAUUCGUUCGUUUGGAAAAAAAUCAAAAGCCUUAUCCUUUGUUUCUCCUAGCUCGAGGUUUAUCCGAACAAUUCGGAAACCUGGGCGAGAUCGAGGUCCGCGUUCGGGGGAAUUUUCCUUUGGCUUUUGUUUUGUUGAUCGAGGAUUCACUAGAGAGAGACUUGCUAUUUGUUGAUUCUGGAUAAUUGGAAGAGAGAGGUUUAACAAUGGCAGUGGUGAGUUCUAUCCCGAUGAUGGGGGAAAGUAUUGGCUCCAUGAGAUUUCAUGGGAUAGAUAGUCCAGGAUCGAGGUCAAGCAGGACAGAGAUCAUGGAGGAACCAGUUUCCCGCCUGAUUGAGGAGAAAGUCUAUGUCGCGUUGGGGAAAGAUGUUGCCAAGAACAAAACCACUCUCGUCUGGGCAUUACAGAACACCGGAGGCAAGAAGAUCUGCAUCAUCCAUGUUCACCAGCCUGCCCAUAUGAUCCCUGUUAUGGGUACGAAAUUUCUGGCUAGUUCUGUGGAUGAGGAAGGGGUCAGGGUAUACAGGAAAAUGGAAAGGGAGAAGGUACAUAUGAUCCUGGACGAGUACCUUCGUAUAUGCCAGCAGAGAGGGGUCCGAGCAGAGAAGAUGUAUAUUGAAAUGGACUCUGUCGAGAAGGGAAUUGUGCGACUGAUCUCCCAGCACAGAAUCAGGAAGUUUGUCAUGGGAGCAGCAUCAGACAGAUACCACUCUAGGAAAAUGAGGGAUCUGAGGUCCAGGAAAGCUAUGUUUGUGCAAAGAGAAGCACCUGCUACUUGCCAUAUAUGGUUUACCUGCAAAGGAUCUCUAAUUUGCACAAGAGAAGCUGCAAUAGAUGACACUGAUUCGGAAUAUGCAUCUCCACAUGCUUCCAUAAGUGGGAACAAUCAAGUUCAAACUCUCUCUACUCCAGAAUCUGACUGUCCAUCUAAUAUUUCUCGAGUACAAAGCAAUGAUUCAGUUCAAGAUUUGGCGCAUGAUGGAAGCUUGAUUGGACAAAGCAGGAGGCCAUCAUCAGAUCGCUCGUCGGAUACAGACAAGGGAGAUAGAGCUUUCAGAGCCGGCCCUUCAGGAUCCGAUGCACAUUUGAGGCAAUUUGGGCGAAGUGAAAGUGCACCAGGCUUGAUUUUAGUUGAAGAGAAUUCUGAUCACUCAUCUCCUCGCAGUUUCCCGAAUGAGAACUUAGAUGAUGCAUUUUACGAUCAAAUCCGACAAGCUAUGGCAGAAGCUCAUAAUUCAAAACAAGAAAUAUUUAGAGAGGUAUCCAGGCGCCAUAAAGCUGAAGAAAUUGCACUUGAUGCCAUCAGAAAGGCUAAACAAUCAGAAAAUGUCUAUUCUGAGGAAUUGAAGCGAAGGAAAGAAACUGAGAUAGCACUGGCCAAAGAAAAAGAGGAACUUGAAAAGCUUAAAAGAGAACGAGAAGAAAUCAUGGAAGAACUCAGAAGUGCACUAGAACAGAGAACUGUGCUGGAGAACCGAAUAGCAGAAUCUGAUAGGACGUCUGAAGAGCUCCUACAGAAGAUUGUCUCGGCUGUAGGGUUACUACAAAGCUUCAGGAAAGAACGGGAUGAGCUGCAGACAGAACGUGACAGAGCAUUAAGAGAAGCAGAGGAGCUGAGGAAAAUUCAUAUACAGACCCCGGACUUACGGUUAUCUCAGUUCUUCACCGACUUUUCUUUUUCUGAGAUUGAGAAUGCUACUAAUCACUUUGAUCCGACCCUGAAGAUCGGAGAAGGUGGAUAUGGCAGUAUCUACAUUGGUAUUCUUCGCCAUACACAGGUGGCUAUAAAACUGUUGAAUCCUAAUAGUUCCCAAGGUCCUAUAGAAUAUCAACAGGAGGUUGAUGUGUUGAGUAAAAUGAGGCAUCCGAAUAUCAUCACACUCAUUGGAGCUUGUCCAGAAGCCUUGAGUCUUGUUUAUGAGUUCCUUCCUAAUGGAAGCCUUGAAGACCGGCUUAACUGCAAGGACAAUUCUCCACCCUUAUCAUGGCAAACCCGACUACGCAUUGCCACCGAGAUAUGUGCAGCCCUUAUAUUUCUUCAUUCCAAUAAAUCUCAUGGUAUCAUACAUGGUGAUCUAAAGCCAGCAAAUAUUCUUCUCGAUGCCAACCUUGUUAGCAAGAUAUGCGACUUUGGAACAUGUUCUCUACUUCGUGGUAAUGGAAGAACAAGUUCCUCAACUGAUUUCAAGGGUACGUAUGCUUACUUGGAUCCAGAAACCUCCAGUAGUGAGGAACUAACCCCGAGGUCAGAUGUUUACUCUUUCGGGAUUAUAUUAUUACGGUUGUUGACCGGGAGGCCAGCCUUGCGGAUAACAAAUGAAGUGAAGUAUGCCUUAGAGAGUGGAACACUGAACAACCUUUUGGACCCAUUAGCAGGUGACUGGCCAUUUUUUCAGGCCGAGCAGCUGGCUCGAUUGGCAUUGAGAUGCUGUGAGACUGUCGGUGAGAACCGUCCAAACCUCAAAACGGAAGUAUGGAGGAUACUCGAACCCAUGAGGGCAUCUAUUGGAUUGUCAUCUUUCCAUUUCGGUCCUAACCACCACCACCGCCGCAUAGCUCCUCUGUACUUCAUUUGUCCUGUUUUCCUGGAAGUGAUGCAAGAUCCGCAUGUAGCAGCAGACGGUUUUACAUACGAAGCAGAAGCUAUAAGAGCGUGGCUGGACAGUGGACACGAUACUUCUCCGAUGACAAACGUCAAGCUUUCUCACACCAGCCUGAUUCCAAACCACGCUCUUCGAUCAGCGGUUCAGGAAUGGCUUCAACAUCAUCGGUAAAUCCAUCUGUCAAAUGAAUCAAGCAGGAAAUACACCAAGAUGCUGAGUAAGAACACUGUCCUUCAUUCUCUUAAGCAUUUGAUUAAACUCCCAAUACAUACAUAGGAUUUCUUCAUUCAGAUACGUACACCACACUGUAUAUAUUUUGUGUUCAUAUCCUGUCUACUUGUCAGACGCGAAAACAGAAAGUUUGUGUGAACCUGUACAUAUAUACACACACAUAUACGCUGUCUGAACCAGGAGCUUCGUCUUCGGUUCUUCCAUGUAAUGCUUUGUCAGCACAAAGAUCAUCCUCUAUGUUAUUGUCAUAGUCUGUCGUAAGAGUUUGUGAAAUUUUCUGAUAUUGUAAGGGCAAAACUGUCGAUAGAUAUGUA